AUGACUGCAGAGAUGACUUGCACAGACGUUUUCAUCUGUGGAGGUGGGCCGGUGGGCCUGUUACUGGCGUAUAGCCUUGCACGGCAAGGUAUAAGCUCGCAGGUUGCUGAGAUGUACGAGCGCAAGGUUCAAGAAAACUUCGGCCGGGCCACAACCAUGUAUCCACGCACGCUAGAGCUUUUGGAGCGUGAGGACUUGUUCGACCAGAUGGCACAGAUUGGAUUCUUUGCGCGCAAUGCCACGACGUACAAGGAUGGCCAUAUAGUGCCCGGCCGCGGCUGGCAAAUCCUGUGGAAGGCGAUGAAGGAUUCCUUCCACCCAUACGUGCUCAACAUCCGCCAAAAGUACUCAGAACAGGUGUUUCGUGAGAACUACGAGGCAUUCGGAUAUCAAGUUCACUAUGGCUGGGAAGUGGUGGGCUAUGACGUUGACACGAGCAUUGGCGACGGAUACAAUGUCACGGUCCAGACCCAGCGUGUGGGUACCGACGAGCAAAAUACUGUCAGAUGCAAAUACCUCGUUGGUGCCGAUGGGGGACGCUCAAAGAUCCGUCGUCUGUCCAACAUCCGCAUGGAAGGUGACACAACGGCCUUCAACUGGGUGCGCAUGGACGGCAAGUACAAGACGAACAUGCCAUUUGCCGACGCCGGCGUUGCCUCCAUUGAGACGGAAUCCCAUGGUAAUGUAUUGUGGGUUCGCCUUGACCACGAUGCCUAUCGCAUUGGCUAUGUCUUGUCGCCCAAAUUGUAUGAGAAGUACGGUGACAACAUCACCGAAGAGCAAGCCAAGUAUGAGGCCAUCGAGGCAAUGAAGCCAUUCUCGCUGGAUAUUGAGCGGGUUGACUGGAUGACGUGCUAUGGCAUCGGCCAGAGAGUGGCUGAGAAGUUUUUCUCUGACGACUAUGUCCUUCUCGCCGGAGACGCUGGCCACACACAUUCUUCUGGCUUCGCGCAGGGACUGAACACCGGCAUCCACGACUCCACAAACCUCGCUUGGAAGUUGGCAGGCACAAUCAAAGGUCGGUAUCAACCUGCCGUCCUCCAGAGCUAUAAGGACGAGCGGCGCCCGUCUGCGCAGCACCUAAUCGAAAUCGACAAAGCUGCGUCUGCGGCCAUAUCUGGCGUCAUACCACCGCGCUACAAGCAGCUCGCCGCCGAAACUUCUCCCAACCAGGUGUUGCGCACCAUUCUCGAGGAGACCGCACCAUUCACGGUUGGCCUGGGCAUCGACUACCCCGACUCGAUCCUCAACCGUCCUGAACAGCGCAAGAUCAUGAUUUCUCAGGGCAGUCGUGCUCCAGACGUUCUGUUGCAAAAGCCAGGCGCUCUGCUGAGGACUCGUCUCUACGACGUGAACAAAGCACCUGGUCUUUGGACAGUGCUCGUCUUCACCGGAAACACUGCCACCACCAAGCCGGCAUUAGCACAGCUGCGUGAAGCUCUGGCCCUGGAGUCAAGCUUCGCGAAACAAUUCGGGCACGUGCUUCGGUUCUUAACCGUCAUACCUGGUACUGCCCCAAGCGUGUGGAGUGCACUCGGAGGUCCGGCCUUUGGUAAAAUGUUCAUCGAUCCUGGCUUUGAGGCUCACGAUAGAUACGGCAUCCCCCACGAGACAGGUGCCAUAGUGGUGCUGAGACCAGACGCCGUGCUUGGGUUCGUUGCAGACUUUGGCGAUGUCGGAGAGAUCAACAAAUACUUUGCUGGGUUUUGUAAUCAAUAG